AUGAGCGAUCAAUUAAACUGUCCAUAGAAAACAGUAGGCAAAGACAAUAAGCAUAAUCAUAUUCUGUGGAAAAAUCAGUAAACACUUCUAAAUUAAUUUCGAUAGUUGAAUUUGAGUUCCCAGAAUCAGAAGGUCGAAAAUUUGGUGGCUUCAUGGAUACAGCAAAAAAAUUCAUCAUCCCUCAAUUCAAGUUCAAAUAAUGUUUAGCCAAGCAAUUUGUUAUAAUCUAACCUGGUUUCUCAAUUUGAAAGCCAAGGAAGGCAAUCAAAUCGGCCGCAUAUUAUUAUAGAAGAAGAUCUGUUAUUUACAGAAGAAGGAGAUUAAUAGCAUGGGAUUCAAUCCAACAAAAUCAAUUAAAAUAAAAAUAAAACCCCAAGCACAACACGUCCUCAUGCAAAGAGUAUUAAAGAAUAAUGUAUUCUAUUUACUUAUGAAGAAAGUUUUGAUGUCAAAAAAAUUGCUAUAGACAAAAAUGUUCCUAAAAAAAACCAGAAUUCGUAUGCUCUGCGUCCUCAAACGAUGAAAAUGCACACUUCUACUCAAGUGAAAUCUUCGCCCAUGGUUUACAAAGAGCAAUCUCUACACAAUCCAAUGAAAUCAUCCCAUAUCGAUUACACUAAAUUUAGUAAUCUAAAUAGUGGGUCAAAUAGUUAUUGCAACAAUAUCAAUAAUAGAAAUAAAUAGAAUAACUAACAAAAAAUAGUUAAGAAGGCUAAUUUAAUCCAAAAUUCAGAGUUCUAAUUAGAUAAUUCAUGUAUUACUGAUUUGAUCAGAUUAAAGGAUUAGAUCUUAUCAACAUAUCUAAAAUAGAAUAGAGCUCUCAUCAGUUCCCAAAAUCAAAUAGUUAAAAAUUUUGAUGAAAUAGUAGCGAUUUUAAAGCAAGAUUUCCCACAACAUUAAUGA